CCUCCCACUUGUGCUCUGCACUAUCUGACCGCUUUGCCAUUGAACUUUCUCAGUCUUCUACGUUACUUCUGGCCACCUGACCAAGGCUCGCCGAGCUGUGACCCACAGAGCUGAGACCCCCGAGGCUGGUCAUGGCCCUACUCGGCUUUGUGCUGCGUCGCGUCCUCUCCGGCCACACGUCGCCCUUGUGGAAACAGGUGGAGAGAUGCCGGAUCUCAUCCAGCAGAUGGUACAACAUCUCUGCCUACAUGCCGGAGGCGGCAGCCUUCCCGUACGUAGCGGACUACUCGGACCUGUACAAGUACUCCGUGAACCAGGGCGACAGCUUCUGGGGGGCAGUGGGCCGAGAACGGCUCUCGUGGAUGAAGCCCUUCCACACCGUGCAGGACUGCGACUUCAGGGAGGGCAAAAUCCGCUGGUUUGAAGGAGGGCAGCUGAACGUGGCAGUGAACUGUUUGGACCGCCACAUCCACACCUGCCCUGACCGUGUGGCUUUGAUCUGGGAGAGAGACGAGCCUGGCACCGAAGUGAAAAUCACCUACAGUCAGCUGCUGGAACAGACAUGCCGUCUAGCAAAUGUCCUCAAACGGCAUGGCGUAGUGAAAGGAGACCGUGUCACCAUCUACAUGCCCCCUUGCCCACAGGCGGUGAUGGCCAUGCUGGCAUGUGCCCGGAUCGGGGCUGUUCACACCCUGGUGUUUGCAGGAUUCAGUGCUGACGCGCUUGCUGACAGAAUAAGGGAUGCUGAAUCCAAAGUUGUCGUCACCAUCAAUCAGGCCUUAAGAGGAGGUAAGACCAUUGAGCUGAAGAGGACAGUUGACCAGGCACUAAAGAGAUGCCCCUCUGUGAAGCAUGUGCUGGUGGGCACGAGAACGGACAGCCAAGUCCCCAUGAAUGACAUAGACAUCCCCUUGGAGGAGGAAAUGAUGAAAGAGGAUGUGACUUGUGACCCCGUCCCCAUGGAGAGUGAAGACAUGCUCUUUCUGCUUUACACGUCUGGUAGCACCGGGCGACCCAAAGGUUUGGUACACACACAGGCUGGAUAUCUUCUCUACUCCGCCCUGACACAUCGGUAUGUCUUUAACUACCAGGACGGAGAUAUCUUUGGCUGUGUGGCUGAUAUUGGCUGGAUCACUGGACACAGCUACAUUAUCUAUGGCCCACUGUGCAAUGGAGGAACCACGGUCUUGUUUGAAAGCACCCCAGUUUAUCCCAAUCCAGGACGCUACUGGGAAACAGUGGAGCGGCUUAAAAUUAAUCAGUUUUAUGGCGCCCCAACAGCAAUACGCCUCCUGUUGAAAUAUAAAGAUGAGUGGGUGAAGAAAUACGACCGCUCAUCCUUGAAGACCCUUGGAUCAGUGGGAGAACCAAUCAACUCUGAGGCAUGGGACUGGUACUCCCGAGUAGUUGGAGAUGGACGGUGUCCUGUGUUAGACACAUGGUGGCAAACAGAGACUGGUGGAAUCUGCAUUUCUCCCUGGCCAGCACCUCCUAAUGCAGAGAUCUUACCAGCAAUGGCUAUGCGACCGUUCUUUGGGAUUCAGCCUGUCCUGCUGGAUGAUGAGGGAAAGGGACUGUAUGCCAAUGACAUGUCUGGAGCACUAUGCAUAGCACGACCCUGGCCUGGAGUGGCCAGAACCAUUUAUAAUGACCACCAGAGAUUUAAAGAAACUUAUUUCCAGCCAUACCCAGGUUACUUUUUCACCGGGGAUGGGGCCUACCGAUCAAAGGAAGGCUACUACCAGAUCAUUGGCCGCCUGGAUGAUGUUAUCAACGUCAGUGGGCACCGUCUUGGCACAGCAGAAAUUGAAGAUGCCCUGAACCAGAAUGCUGUUAUUGCUGAGUCGGCUGUGAUUGGCUAUCCACAUGAGAUUAAAGGAGAAGGUGCAUAUGCCUUUGUAGUCUUGAAAAAUGAUGUGGAAGUCUCAGAGGAUGCACUGGAGAAGGACUUACGAGGCAUUGUCUCAAGAAAAAUUGCAAAGUAUGCUGUUCCUGACUAUAUCCAGGUUGUGAAACAGCUACCAAAAACACGGUCUGGGAAGAUCAUGAGGCGUGUCCUGAGGAAGAUUGUGGCCAGGAAACUUGAUGAGCUGGGAGACCUGACAACCUUAGAUGACCAGAAAGUGGUGGAGGAAAUCAUUAGUGGACAUGCACUUCUUCUGGAGCGCAACAGUACCCAAAAGUCCUAGGUAAUUGGAUACCACAAGAAAACACGAUGGCAAGACUGGGCACCAAGUUGGCCUGACAUAAGGACAGUGUAGUAUUUGAAUGACAUCAUCACAUGAUUUGUAAUGAAAUUACAAAUUGCAAAAAUUACAAAUGGGGCAUUGUGGCAUCCUCACCUCUACUAGAAUAAACACCAAAGAGACCACAAAGUUUAAAAAUUGUGCCUUUACUAUUAAAAUGCAAAGUAGUAGGAUGAAUACACAAAGAAAAUAAAACUGAAAAGUAAACCAAAGGAACACUAAGAACCCCCCGGUCUUUUCCAUUUGCCUACCUCAAAUGUGCCAGCCAGGCACUGCAUGCACCCUGCUCUGUUAUGGCCUUGCUUCCUCCUGCUAGUGGACACUUGCCCAACCUCCCCUUCCAACUGUGGUCUCAAAUUAUACUCUUCCCAUGAGGCAGCUUUGUACUCCCUCAAGAGUCACUUUAGACUAAUAAUUUGUUACAGAGUACCAGGCUAGAACUCUCUCUAGUGGGUCUUUGUAUCCUUGCAUCCCUGAACCUUAAGCAGCUGUUAAAACGCCAGGCCUCUCAGGCAGAUCCUCCUGUGCUCCUCCUCUAUCCAAACCUGGCUCAUGUGCUGCAGAUUUCUAACAGGCCACCCAUAGUCCAGACUUGUAAAAAGGAUGCUAAUUCUCAUUACUUAGUUCUACCUGUAUGUGCUGCCAUUAUUGGCCAGGAAGUCUUCUGACCACCUGCCACAUUUUCACAGCCUCAGUCUAUCUCGAAAGAGGGAAACUUAUCCAUCGCACCUUGCUCUUUAGCAUCCUGAGGUAACAUUGUGUGUUUCUAGUCAGUAACCAGCUCUCUUCAUUUUGUAAUGGCACCCCUGCUCCUACUGACCCUUGCUUUCCCACCAUGCCAUGUGCAGGGCGUAUCUUAAAACCAUUGUAGUUUUCUCUCUCUCUUAAGCACAAAAUACAUUUAUCUGUGCAUGGCAGCAUGGUCGAUUUCCUUUUUUUGUGUUUUGGCUUGAAAAGUUGAGCACAUAGUGAGAUGUUUAGGUGUUUCCAGACGUGUUCAAUGAAGCUCACAUCUGGCCCAAUUUAAAAUAGUGCUUUAAAAGGUUUAAAACAGAUGAAAUCCCCCAAACAAGGAUGAAGUGUGUCUUAUUAUAUGAAUCUGCACCUAUACUUUCAUAUUUUACAAACCCUCCGAUGUUCAGUUGCUUUGUUAAUGCCUUUUAAAUAUAAUUGUUCUUGGUGCACAAUUGAGAGUCAGUCAUAAGUGAAUAUUCGAGAAGGGAGAUGGCAGCCAUGCCACACAUGAUAACCACAUGAAAAAUAAAAGAGUCACCUCUCAUUUAAGGAUUAAACAAUGGGCUCUAAUUGCAAGUUUGGGCUGCUGCCAGCAGCCUGGACUGGUAACCUGUGCAAAGUCACAGUGAGAUCAGUGCAGAUGAGAAGGCUUUCAGUUUAAAUGUAACAAAGCAUAAUGGCUGGGAUCGGCAUAACUCCUGAAGAUGUUUGCCAUUCUUUAGUCUCCUGGACCAUUGUCCUCGGAGCUCUCAAAAACCCUAUGCACACAUUGGUGUGCUAUUAUCGGUUCUAUUCAAUAAGGGCGCGCACAAAAAGGCGACCUCAAUUGGGUGCGGAGAAUAAAAGCGCACAUAAAUAAAAGCGAUCUUCAAAAGGGCGACCUCAAUUGAGUGCCGAAUAAAUGCGCGCGAAAAUAUAGGAGCGCUUCAAAAGGAUGACCUUCGGAGCGAGUUAAAUUAAUUGUCCUUGAUUAUGCUAAUAGACCACAUCUCGAAUAUCUACGUGGCAUUGCACAUAAUCUACAGCUUCAAGUGUAACUUGCUUUCACCUUUUUAUACAUUCAGUCAUUGCCUUAAUCGAAUUUUCUGUAAUUUUGAAAACAACGAAAUAUAGAGAGCUUUAGAAAUAGUUUGUUAGAAGUAGUACGUUAGAAGUUCAUGCAUUAAUUAAUUGGAUGUUUUAAUAUUCUUGCUUUCACCUUUUUAUACGUUCAAUCAUUGCCUUUAUCUAAUAAAUUUUCUGUAAUUUUGUUGCGUUUGCCUUUAUUCGCUGCGCCCAAUUGACGUCACCCUUUUGAAGCACGCCUUUAUUUAUGCGCGCAGUUAUUCGGCGCUCAAUUGAGGUCAUCCUUUUGAAGCUCGCCUUUAUUUGCGCGCGCCUUUAUUCGGCGCUCAAUUGAGGUCGCCCUUUUGAAGAUCGCUUUUAUUUAUGUGCGCUUUUAUUCGCCGCGCCCAAUUGAGGUCGCCCUUUUGAAGGUCGCCUUUAUGUGCACGCCCUUAUUGAUGGAUACCGCUAUUAUCUCCAGGAUGAAGACCUAACCAGGCCAUAAGGAAUGCUCAUUAACCCAGCUGGUUAAGCUACUUGCUAGUGGUGCACGAGAACCACACAGGUUUGAAAUCUCCUUGAAAAGGUUUGCUGCAGGCAACACUUCAUUCCUGGCAGGAGUUUUUCACGUUUGACACAAAUGCUCCAAGAGACGUUUGCAAAUGAUAUGAUUUUGAUAUGUGGCAAAAUGAACUCGUGUUGAAUAUAAUGCCUAUUAACAAGCACAAUCACGUGUGCAUCCUACAUCAGUUUAGGUACCUCACCUUCACUGUUCAUAUGCUUCUUCCACCAAGCUGGACAGAGCAGUGCACCAAUCAACAGAAUACAACUCCUUGUGUGAAAUCAAAGAAAGAAAACAAAAAUGAUCCCAUCAGGAGGGUCCUGAGACCAAAAAGAGAAAGAAAAACAGUGAAAUAAAGUUUGUUCCUAAAUGGUUUAAGGAGCCAUGUAACUGAGGUUUGUACCUGGAAAGUGAUGGCCAGCAUGUGACAUUUUUAUUCAAGAAACAGUUAUGCUAAAACAGUAACUAGCUCUCCCAUUGCCUGAUUUUUGGAGUGGCAAAUCACACCUUUAAAAUAAAAACAAUAAAAAUGCCAUCUUCCUAUUUUUCACUAA